AUGCCGUGGCAGCCGUUGCCGCGCAUUGCUUUCGCCGUCGCGACCUAUCCCUUCAGCACCCAGGCCGACAAUGAACUCCCCCUCGAAAUCGGCGAUGACCUAUACAUCAUUGAAGAAACCCCCGACGGCCAAUGGCUGCGCGGGUACCUGUUAGCCCCACCUUCGCUAUUGGCUGGCUUGACUUCCUCCAAAGGCCAGACGCUGGAAGCACGCGUCUUCUCUGGUAUUUUCCCGCGGAGCUGUGUAGAAAUCCGCGAGGUCCUGGGGGAGAGCGACGAAGCUUCAACCGACGACAAUGCUAGCUACGCAGGCGAGGAGGAAGCCGCGCGCUUUGGCAGCGAUUCUGGCAAGAGUGGGGUUGCCAGCAUCGAGAAGAAACGCACAAGGUCGAGCCCCGGCAAGUCUAAGAACAAUACCGGCUCCUCUUCUUCGCCUGCGAGUCCCAUCUCUCACCGCGGCGGCACCCCAGUCGGACUCUCGGUACCAGCGACUCGGGAACCUGGCGCCCCCAAGCCGCCUGCUCCCGUGCCGAUGCUCAAGAUUGGCGACGAGACGCCCACAUCUAUAUCAGAGCCGUUGAUCGACGAGAUAGCCUCGUGCCUGCGCGAAUGGCACUCGACCAACCUGCAUGAGCUUCUCCUAACCCGCCAGUAUGCCAAAUUAGAAAAAGUCUCACAGCUAAUUAAUACUCUCGAUUUAUCGCGGCGACAGUUUUUACACAAUGUGCUGACAGCCACCGAGUACGACGCUUUACGCGAAAAGACCGUUUGGGAUCUGGUUAAGGGCAACAAGCUGUGUGGUGGAGAGGUGAUAGUACGUGACCCGAGCCAACGCGGACGGGUUUUGACUGGCGACGACUCGGUUGUCGAAAUCACCAAAUUACAGUCGGUCAUGAGUCUACUGGACGAACCGCCCCAGCCCAAUGUGGAACUUACGGCUUUGCACCAUCUUCUCGUCGACGUCAAGAGUUUUGCUGGCUCUUCUAAUGAAGCUACGACUUUGGUGGUUUACCUCGUGAGCAAACCCAUCGGAGGUUUCCCCGUCGCUCUCUCGGAAAGCUACGUGAUCGAGGUGCCAGCUGGUGGUACAAUGGGCCACAUGGCGCGAAACACUCAGAUGCGCACGCUUUUCGCGGAUUUGGCAUCCAGCGAGAUUGGCGACCUGCCGUCCGCGGAUUCAGAACUUUACUUGGUUGUCAAGGUUCGUGCGCCCCAGCAGGUAGUUGUUGGAAAGCCACCAUCGCGAUCCGGAACAGUAGCUCAGGCAAUGUCGGGAUUCUCCAAGGAAAAGACACCAGUCUCGUCUGGCGGGAGUAAGUCUUCUCGAAGGAGCAUGGUAUGGGGAUCGACAAGGUCAGCAUUCUCUAGGGGAGGAAUGAAACUUGAUGCGCUAUCCGAGCAAGAGGAACGACCGAAUACCGACACCCAAGAGAGCAGAGACGGCAGUUUACCCCCUGGUACGGCAAACUCUAGGACCGCUUCCGUGUCAGCAGAAGGCUCCCAGUCAGUCAAUAUGGUGGCAGAGCGCAUGGUGGGCAUGGGGGUCUUGAAAUUGAACCAAAUCAUGAAGCAGCCCGACGAGAGUGAACACGUCAUGACGAUAUGGUCGCCAUCCACAAGAUUCACAGCAGAGCAGCCGGAGCAUGGCGACGAUUGGGACGACUUGAUCAACCACCUACUGGACAGUAAGUCUGGGCAGUACGAAAAGUCGCGGAGAGCAGAUCGAUUACAGGUGCAGCUCAAGGCAUUUGACAGCGCCGAUGCCGAUGCUCUUAUCAAGUCAACCCCAACUUUAUUGUCAGGUAUCACAAAAACGAACAAAAUGGGCUUCUCUGGUGCACCCACGAAACCCAGAUCUGAUAUUUAUAUCACCCUGGAUCAGGCCCUGCUCUCCCGCCAGAAUUUAAUAUCACGAUUCGGUGGUAGUGCAACAUCCAUUUCGGGUAAUGUCCAUGGUGGAAACUUGGUCCUGAGUCUAGAGGUCCGGCGGCCAUCGGGCGAAAAGAUUGAGAACUGCAUCUUCCCCUCAUCAAAUGGCGAGGUCCUUACAACCUGGAGGUCCUUUGCAGUUGAACGAGGCGAGCCUUGGAGGCAGACGCUACGGCUUUCGCUUGAGCCGUCCGAUGUGAUGUCGUGUCAUGUGUUGAUGACUCUAUCGGAUCUGCCCAAUGCGCCAUUUGCUGUAAGCUACAUUCCACUGUGGGAUCAACAGGCAUUUGUGAAAGACGGCCCUCAUACACUGCUGCUCUAUAAGCUAGACGAGUUUACGCAGACGCCGCACGCUGGGCCCAGCGGUAGAGGAGGCUACCUCACUCUACCAUGGGGCACUAGGAACGAACCAAGCGAUGUGACCGGACCGCUUGCCGCCUUGAGGGUACAAACAUACUUGUGCAGCACCCGAUUUUCGCAAGACCGAACAGUUCUUGGCUUGCUGAGGUGGAAAGAGCAACCCAAAGAAGAUAUCCCCCAUCUGUUGAAGCAGUUGAUCUUUGUGCCAGAAAUCGAGGUGGUCAAGCUGCUGAGCGAUGUGCUCGACGCCCUCUUUGGCAUUCUGGUGGAGUAUCAGAACAACGAUGAGUACGAAGACUUGGUAUUCAUGGCUCUUGUUCGUGUUCUUGGAAUUGUCCACGACCGAAGAUUCAACCUUAUUCCACUUGUGGACCAGUACGCCGAGAAGAAGUUUAAUUACCCGUUCGCCACGCCGUGUCUUGUCCGAUCUUUUACCCGGCUACUAUCGAAACCGACUGAGCCUGAGUCUGCAAGAAAGCUGAGAGCAACGCUCAAAGUUGUCAGGCACAUACUUAAGUUCAUCACACAUGCCCGCGGUCAACAGAAAGUCAAGGAAGCCGACAUCGGUAUUACUAGCACCAAUCCCGGCUUCACUCGCCAUCUACAGUCUAUUUUUAAGGCAUUGGACGCGAUGAUGCGAAGCAACAAAGCAGUACUUGUAGGCAGUCAGACACUCGCGGUCCAACAUUUCCAUACGUGGUUGCCAGAACUUACGGGGUUGUUGACGACUGAGGAGAUCCUUCACAUCGCCAUUGACUUCAUGGACUCCUGUACUUCAGUCAAAGGCAAAUUGGUUCUCUAUAAGUUGGUUCUCAUCAUCAACUAUUCCAAACUUGAUUUGUUUUCGAACCCAGAGCAGCGUCAAGCCCUAUGUGCCAACACUGUCCGCUGGAUCGCCCCUCACUGGGGCACUCCAGAUGUCGUCUCUGACCAGUGGAAGGAACAAGUGCGCCUGUGUUGCUCUGUGCUCGCAAGCCAGGUAUAUCACCUUGGACCCGAGAUCCCCGACUACAUCCCAAAGAUUCUCGAGUCGUACCUAGCCAUCCAGCAAACGGAGCUCAAGCCAAAGGCGCGGCUAUCUCUUCUCUUCCCUUCCUCCUACCCAUUUCCAACCAAGGCAAUCAAUGGAACCGCCCAGUUUGACGAAGCUCUCAUUGAGCUUUCAGCUGUCUUAUCGGCCCUUUCCAACUCGCCGAGCGGUAUGCAGCUAGAGCUGGCGGAUGGCGACGUUGCCACACAUGUACACAACGCUUUACAAGUACACAUGAGCAUCCUACAGGGCGAGGCCUUCCCCUCAACGUGGCUGAGCGUCCACAUUUUCCACCACAAAUCCGUGAUGAAGUCAUUGCAAUAUCUUGCCAGUAUCCUUUUGGACAGCUGCCUGCCCGAUCCCGACGAGGCCGAGGGUUUCAACACCGAACUGUGGAAAAUGUUCUUCACUACUCUCCUUAAACUGGUUAGUAACGGCUGCUUGGCUCUUGAGACCUUCCCAGAACAAAAACGUCGCGCGGUUUGGAAGAUUGCUGGCGAUGUCAGAGAGCAUGGUGCCGAGCUCCUUCGACGGACUUGGGAGGCAAUUGGUUGGGACGCAACGCCCGACGAACGUACGCGUUAUGGACUCGACAAAAUGGGCGGCUACCAGGUUCAAUAUGUGCCCACGCUUGUGGGGCCUAUUGUUGAGCUUUGUCUCAGCGUGCAUGAAGGCCUCAGAAAGAUGGCCGUUGAAGUUUUGCAAACCAUGAUUGUCAGCGAGUGGACAUUGAGCGAGGAUCUGUCAGCAAUCCAAAUGGAGAUGAUCGACUACCUGGAUUUCUACUUCAAGGACAAGCAAAUCACCGAGAGCGUUCUCCAAAAGUUGUUCAUCACGGAACUUCUUGAUCGCUUUGCGCCCUUGUCUCAGGUUGAGGGCGAGCCGCUGUACACUGCGCUCCAAGAUCUGAUUGGCACAGUUGACGAGUUCCUGGACCUGCUGGUUGCUGUUCACAGCGGAGAGGGCGGUAGUGCUGCUUCACAACUCAUCAGUCGCCUCAGACUAAUGGAGUUCUUGCGUGACAUGCAAAAAGAGGAGAUCUUUAUACGAUACGUACAUCAGCUUGCCAGGCUCCAAGCAGGUGCUAGAAAUCAUGCGGAAGCUGGCUUGGCAUUGCGUCUGCACGCGGAACUCUACGACUGGAACCCGGUUAAGAUUACGAGUGCCUUGUCGGAUCCCGCAUUCCCGGCGCAAACUCACUUUGAGCGCAAAGAACGCAUCUACUUCGACAUGAUUAAGCACUUUGAAGAAGGUGAGGCUUGGAGUAGUGCACUUGCCGCCUACAAGGAACUCCAGUAUCAAUACGAAAACAAUGUCUUUGAAUUUGCAAAGCUUGCAAGGACGGAGCGCGCCAUUGCCAACAUUUACGAGACGCUCACCAAGAGCGACAAGCUGGUGCCCAAAUACUUCAAGGUUGUCUUCAAGGGUUUGGGCUUCCCACCAAGUCUGCGCGACAAGGAAUUCGUUUAUGAAGGUUCCCCUACGGAGAGAACAUCUGCAUUCACGGAUCGUAUGCAGGAGCAGUACCCGGCUGCUCAAGUCUUGACCACUGGCGAUGUGGACAGCGAAGUUGAGGGACAAUUCUUGGUCAUCACCUCGCUGAGCCCGCACAGAGACCUGACGCAUCAUGUAUUCCAACGUGCCAAGGUUCCUCAAGCCAUCCGUGACUACCUCCUCUCAGCCCAUCCACAAUUGUUCUCCAUCACUUCCAAGCGCAAUACGUCUGGCCCUGUCCACGAGCACCAUGCCGAGAAGAUUCUGUACCACACAGCAGAGUCGUUCCCGACCAUCUUGCGCCGCAGCGAGAUUGUCCAGGUCGAGGAGCUUCAACUGGGCGCUAAGGAGACGGCCAUUGAGCGCAUCGUGCGCAAGACACAAGAGAUGACCACGGUGGAAAAGCGACUGUCCGAGGACGACAGCGUUGCACAGCUUCUUGUGGAUGCUAUUGGCGUUUCAAUCAACCCCGAGUCCGAGAACAGUGUGGUAUGCUAUCGACAACUUCUGCCCAGUCCAGACACGGAUGAUGAGGACGAUGAAAACGGCGAAGUUGAUGAGCCCGAGCUGAACGAACAAGAGACGGCUAUCAAGAUGGCGCUCGUCGACCAUGCCAUCAUGAUCAAGAGAUGUUUGACAAAUUUCUCACAGAGCAGAAAUACGAUCCUCACCAAUGGAUACAAGGAUCUGUAUCCACUGUUUGAGCAAACAUUUGCACCAGAGAUUGAAAUCUUCAGUCCGACUCAACCCGUGCGAGAUGUCAACUCAUCUGUGCCGUCUCCAACAUGGCGCAAGGCUUCUCCCGUCAAUGAGAGCUCCCCGAUUAAGCAGCAGGGCGACGGAAAUGCAUACGUCCUUGGCGGUGGCGUUGUAGAGGAAGCGGCAACCGUACAGCCCAUCUCUGUUAAGCAACGAGGUACUCGGCUCAGUUUCCUUGGUGGCCGACGCAAAGAAUCUCGAGAGUCGAAUGGUGAGGGCGUCAUCGGAUUGCAUGAGAACGACUCCAACACGACGCCAAGUAGCCACCCGGGAAGUCAGCGCAGCAUGGGCAAGGAGAAUAGGAGGAGCUUCUUCCGCGGCCCUUCAUCGCAUGAGACCAUCAUCAGCGCCAAACCUUUUGGCCACCCUCAUGACAGCCCAGAACACGGCACACCUGAUUGGGCGCACGACAUACCGCCCAAGAGCAGUGAAAGGGUUGGCGUUGCGGAGAAGGGCUCCGAGAAAGCGUUUGACAGCGGCACGCCGAGACUUGGAAGCGUUAGAAAACGGCUGAGCUUGUUGAAGCUCGGCGGAAGCAAACGAGGAAAGCCCAACGGCUUCAUAGGCGGGGUCGAGGAGGAGUAA